CUUCCUUCUGUUUUUGUUUUUACAGAGCUGACCCUGAACCCACCAGAAGGAAUUGUAGCAGGUCCCAUGAAUGAAGAGAACUUCUUUGAAUGGGAAGCUCUGAUUAUGGGUCCUGAAGACACCUGUUUCGAGUAUGGGGUUUUCCCUGCUAUUCUGAGCUUCCCACUCGACUACCCGUUAAGUCCUCCGAAGAUGAGGUUCACGUGCGAGAUGUUCCAUCCGAACAUUUACCCAGAUGGGAGAGUUUGCAUCUCUAUUCUUCAUGCUCCUGGGGAUGAUCCCAUGGGAUAUGAAAGCAGCGCUGAGCGAUGGAGUCCUGUGCAGAGUGUGGAAAAGAUCCUCUUGUCAGUUGUUAGCAUGCUGGCAGAGCCAAAUGAUGAAAGUGGAGCCAAUGUAGACGCCUCCAAGAUGUGGCGGGAAGACAGAGAACAAUUUAACAAAAUUGCCAAGCAGAUUGUGCAGAAGUCACUUGGACUUUAAGCUCACAAAGAGACUGAAGUGUUUUGUAUUUUUCUCCACCUGAAAACGAGCAGUGCUCAGUGCUGGUACCAAAAAGGAAAACUUUGCAAAACUAUUGGCCUGGUUCUUCUUAUCAUUUGUUAUUUAUUUAGCAUCUCUUUUCUUCUUCCACUGCUCCAGAGAAGCCUCUAGUUCACUCAGUUAAUUGUGUGGAAAAGGGAUUUAAUACAAGGGAAAAAUCCAGAGACAGUGCUCUUUCAAAGGCUGCUUGUUGCUACCUCACUUCAUGGUAUGGAAAGCUUGGAGACUUUGCAAUCUGC